CAAUGUCACGUCAGUUGUCAUUGUCAGUAUUCCGUGAUGGAUUAAAUUUUAAAAUAAAUACAGUUUUGUGAUCGUCUAUUCAGUGUUCUCUUGUUUAUAUAAACAUUUACAGUCGUACAAAUUAUUCAAGAAAUAUAUAAACCACUUAUAAUUGCCCAACUUAAGUAAGAAUAACAGGAAAAAAUGGAAUCAGAUAUUAUCAACUGGAGUAACAAAGAAGUUUUAGAUUUAUUACAUAAAGAAAAAAUAUCAAGUAUAAUUACAGAAAUCUGUAAAUCACAAGAUAUUGAUGGACAGUGUCUGUUAUCUUUUAUGGAUCGAGAUUUUUAUGACUUUCCUUUUGACCAUUUAAAAUUUGGUGAACGCAAGAGAUUCAUAUUACUCGUAAAGAAAUUACAAAAACAAAAUCGUAAUGCGAUGUUCGAACUCGGUCUUUGCGAAGAUUCUCUCAGUAAUCCAUCUACAAACAUCAAUUUCCUUGGAACUAACUUAUCCCAUUUGAGUUACAACCUUCACAACAAACUACCAAGUGAGAUAUAUGUGAGAAAUAACUCAGAGUGUGUGUCAAGUUUUACACCAGAUGUGAAAGCUUCAAGAUUGAAACCAGAAAUAUGGAAGACAGCAAUAGCUUUAGGUUAUGUCUUCCUGGUGACAUGGGUGACUGCGGUGGUGAUGGUGAUAGUUCAUGACAAGGUGCCAGAUAUGAAGAAGUAUCCUCCACUGCCAGACCUGUUCCUGGACAAUGUGCCACACAUCCCAUGGGCCUUUGACAUGUGUGAGAUCACUGGCUCCUUCCUCAUGGCCAUAUGGCUUGUUGUCCUAUUCUUCCAUAAACAUAGAUUUAUAAUACUGCGAAGAUUCUUCGCGCUGGCAGGCACCGUGUUCCUGCUGCGGUGCUUCACGAUGCUGAUCACUUCACUGUCGGUGCCGGGCUCCCAUCUGAAGUGCGAGCCGCGCUCCUACCCGCCGGCAGACGACCUCACCGUGUGGGGCCGUCGCCUGCGCCAAGCCUACGACAUCUGGAGCGGAGCCGGCAUGUCCGUGCGAGGAGUGCGCACCUGCGGGGACUACAUGUUCUCCGGACACACCGUUGCGCUGACACUCCUCAACUUCUUUAUUACAGAAUAUACAUCCCGUAACCUGUACCUGCUGCACAUCCUGACGUGGGUGAUGAACAUGUUCGGCAUCUUCUUCAUCCUGGCGGCGCACGAGCACUACUCCAUCGACGUGUUCAUCGCGUUCUACAUCACGUCGCGACUCUUCCUCUACUACCACACGCUUUCCAACAACCAGGCGCUCAUGCAGAACGACUCCUCGAGUAUGUAUUCCAGGACCAGAAUCUGGUUCCCUCUGUUGUCGUUCUUUGAGUCGGAGGUGGACGGGAUCGUACCGAACGAGUACGAGGGGCCCGUCACCAUCAUGAGCAACCUGCGGCAGUGGUGCGUGCAGCUCAUCACGGACGUGAAGGAGUCGUCCGUCGCCAAGAUCGCCGGCACCAAGCUGCAGGAGGGCGCCGCCAUGGGAGAGUACUCCGUCGUCAAGCUCGUCGACGGCAUCAAGCGCAACCUCAGUAUGGUCGAAGAGUACAAGACCUCACGCCAAAGACUAGUUACCCUAGACAAAAAUAUCCAAGCCUGUCUCCUAGACGAUCGCCCCGACGUAGAACUACGUCAUAGAAAUAUAGCCGACUUCCCCGGAGACGCUCUCCUCAAGGAUUUCAGUAAUCCUCCCUCUCCCGUAAUGAAAAAAAGUAUAUGAACGAACUAUAAGUUCUUGUUAUAGAGGCUGUUUAUAGUUAUACAUUCAUUGUAGCUUUAAUGACGCAAUGAAACAAUUAGAUACCUGAAUGUUUACAUUUCCAUUAUAGAUUUUAUAUCAUGUUAUUCCAUAUUUAUUUUACUAUGAUAAGUUAAACGUAGUAUAAAUUAUUAAGAAAAUUUAUUUGCUCAAAGUACUAAUCUUGAAUAAAUAACAUUUUCGCUUGUA